AUCAAGCUUAUUCUCUUAUUGAUAGAACAAGAUUUUCAAAAUGGGGCUUAAAUUACUACUACUUUGAAUCUCAGCAUAAAAGAUUGUAUUGGACAGUCAAUUUAUUAGAUGAAUUAUCAACUCAAAGUGAACCUUCAGACGCUGCAUUUGAAAUAGUUAAUGGACAAUUAUAUAUUACAAGAAAUCUAACUUCAAAUAUAAAACAUUGUGCGAAAUGGAAUGAAAAUUAUUAUUUUAAAUUUUUAAAAGUUGAUAUCCAAAACAAUCAGUGCAGCUCCAUUGGAGGGGUAUUACCAAAUGGUGUUUGUUUUGAUAAGUACUCAUCUUUAAUUAUUCAAAGCAGGUUAUGCGAAAGUAUAGGCUACAAGUUAUUUUCAUCCCCAGUACUUACUGUUAAAAUGAAACCUAAAAACCAUUCAGAGUAUAGAAUUUUAGGAAAGGAAUCUGUUUCUACUACACCGAUUGUUACGACUUCAAUCUUUAAAAUGGAAACCAAGGAAACAAAUGAUUCAUUGGAAACAAGUGAUAACUACGAAAAUUUGGUGUUUACUGAAUGGUCUUUUUGGAGCUCUUGCUCAACAACUUGUGAAGGCUUGUCACAAAGGCAAAGAUUUUGUAUUGACAAGUAUUGCAUUGGAGAAAAAGUUCAAAAUAAAGACUGUGGGGUUGAGAGAUGUCCUAUUCAUGGUCGUUUUUCAAAAUGGAGUGAAUGGACUUUGUGCAGUGUAUCAUGCAAUGGUGGAGAAAAAAUGCGAACUCGAAAAUGUAACAACCCUUCACCUCAAUACAGUGGCUUUCUCUGCCUUGGUGAGGUGCUUGAAAAGAAAAUAUGUAACUCACAUUUUUGUCCUAUUGAUGGUGUUGUCUCUGAAUGGUCUUCCUGGUCAGGGUGCAAUAAACCAUGCAAUAACGGUACAAUGAUGCGUAAAAGAUUAUGCAAGCAACCUUUAUAUGGAGGAAAAUCUUGCUCAAAAAAUUUGCUUGAGAUUGUUUCAUGUAAUCCACAUAUAUGCCCAGAAAGCUAUGCAGAUGUGGUAUUUCAAUUAGAUCAUGUAUAUAAAAGAGACUUUGCUAACUCCUCUAGUAAGGUUUUUCAAGACCUGGAAAAUGAUUUCAAAUAUCAAAUAUUGAGUAUUUAUGAACAUGUUUUUCCGAAUCAAGUUCUUGGCAUAAAACUUUUGUCGGUUAGUAUAAAUGGAACUAGAGCUGUUUUAAACUUUUCGAAGUUGGAUUCUUUUCAAUUUAUUUACCUGCAAGAUAGCAUUGAAGUUGAUUAUUCCCUUGGAAAGCUAUUAUUUUUAAAUGCAAAGGCUUCGUAUACUUUAGGACCUAACUUACCCAGUUCUCCUCCAGAAAAUGUUAGUGUGAUUCCUGUUUCCUCUAAUUCUUUUAAUAUUACAUGGAGCCCAGUGUCAAAGACAUGGAGCGAUAUAUUCAACAUUAAAGGGUAUAUUGUGUUUUACAGACGAAUUCAAGGUUCUUCAUCUCACUAUAGUGCAAUUGGCAGUUUUUCUUAUUCAGCAUUUAUAAUUGACUUACUACCUGGCACACAAUACAUAUUUAGGGUACUUGCUUAUACAGAGUAUGGAAAUGGUGUUGCAUCAAAACCUGUAAUAAUGGCUACACAAGAAAAAUUACCAGAUGCAUUAGUUUCAAAUAUACAAGUUGAAAGCAUUAAUCCUUUUUCUGUAAUUGUUUUAUGGGAUGGUGCUCCACGUUCACUUAUGAAUGGCAUUCCGCUUGGAUACAAUGUCUCAUAUUACCAUGAUAAUAUUUAUAAAAACACUACAAUUACCUCAUUUUCUUCUAGAAAUUUAGUUCUUGAAAAUUUGGUUCCAGCUACUGCAUACAUUGUGAUCAUAUGUGCUUUUAAUACAAUUGGGUUAGGACCACGUCAACAAAAGAACUUUUUAACACUUCAUGCUCCUCCUUCUGAAGCACCAGUUAACUUGACUGUUAAUAAAUUAAAAAUGCAUGACACACUUCUUUUGCACUGGAAUCCUCCUCCUUUAAACAAAAUUUAUGGUGAUUUGAUUUCAUUCCAAAUUGUUUAUAAAAAGGUUGUUUAUGGAUCUCAAACAACUUCAAAAACUAUUAAUGUGCAUCCAAGAUUUUUGGAUUAUAAUUUAACACAACUUGAAUCUUUUACCACAUAUUUUAUUGAGGUUAGGGCUAAAACAGAUGCAGGCGUCAGCCCUCCAGCUGAAAUAAGUGCUGAUACAUGUCGUUGCCCAGAAAAAGUCUCAAGUAAUUUUUUUAUGCUAUCACCUUAUGUUACUUUGGAUAAAAGCAAUGCUGUUGUUGGAGUCUUUCCACAAAUUCUUAAUAAAUUGAUAAAUUAUGCAUGUGGAAUGUGCUACAGACCUUCAGGUAUCUAUAACUCAUCCAUUGAACAAGUUCGAAACAGUCAUGGAACAUUUUCAAUGAAAAGUUCUUUUGCUAAUGUCAUUAAGGAAAUUGGUUCUUUUACUGAUAUUUCUUUUCCCAUGCAUGGAUCAGUUGAUUUGCCUCACAUUAUGAAUCAUCCUUAUGUUCCAUUAAUACAACAUCCUGGUGUAGUAAUGAUAACAAAGAAGCCAUCUGUAAAUAAAGUUAUUUUUGACUUGAUAAAGAUGAUUUUCAGAAUAUGGCGAUUGUUUUUAUCUAACAUUCUAUUGAUUGUACUUGUUGCAGCAGUUUUAUGGUACAUGAAUUUAUUUUCAAAAGCAAAGUCCUUUUCUACUUCAUUUUUCAGUGGAUUUAAUGAAACUCUCUACUUAACAUGGGUCACUCAAACUACAGCAGGGUAUGGAGAUUAUGCUCCUAUCGAAUGUUUUACAAGAGUUUUUAUGAUUAUUUGGAUGGUUAUUGGCAUGAUUAUUACAUCGCUUAUUGUUAGUUAUAUUGUGACUUCAUUACUUUCAAUAAACUUUGCAGUUAAUGUAGGAAUGUAUGAUGAAGAGAUUGGAGCAUUAAAUGGAUCUUAUGAGCAAAGCAUUGGAGUUCAAAUGAAUGCAAAAGUUAACUCAAAAAAGCAAUACAAUACAGUAGAUGAACUAUUUUCUGCGCUGAUAAAUGGUGACGUAAAAGGUGUUCUCUUGGAUGCAUACACUGUUGCAGAUGUAAAAGUGUUUUUUUCCAAUCCUGAUAUCCAACCAACAAGAUAUAUUAAAGUAAGAAGAACUUAUGGCUUUGUACUUUCUGGAAAUCUUGAAAACUCCGUUGAUGAAAUAAAAGACUUUAUAAACAUUAACCAAAAUGAAAUUCUUACGAUUAUUUCGAACAGUACUUCGAAAAUGCCGGAGAUUAAAGUAUGGAAGCCGACAUCUCUAUUUGAACCUAGUAGCAUUUUGUUGCAGUAUACUUUAAUAUCAAUGUUUUCCAUGCUGUUCAUAUGCUUUUUAUUUGGGUUUUUAAUGAAUUUAUAUCGCAAAAUUAAAAAGAAUGAUGAUGCGUUAAGAAAACUUAUUGAUCAGAAAAAUCAGCUAACGGAAAUGAAGAUAUAUUUUAAAGCAUUUGUACAGGAUACAAAACAAAAUCUUUUGAAAAAAGAUGAAAUGUAUGGAAGUCAACGUUUUGAGUUAUUGCGUCUAAUUAAACAUAGAAAAAGUUUAAAGCGGGAAACGCUUGUAUAAUUUCUGCUUUGUUUUAUAAUAAUUUAAAAUUAAAAAAAUUGUUUUAUAAUAACAUUUAUGAAUUUU